AUGGCGGACGAACAUCUGAACGUAGACAGCGUUAUUUUCCGCCUCUUAGAAGACCGGGGAUGCCGCCCGGAAAAGACUCUACCGCUGACGGAGACGGAGAUUCUCGGUCUCUGCCUUAAGUCGCGGGAGAUCUUCAUGAGCCAGUCAAUCCUUCUUGAGCUCGAGGCGCCACUUAAAGUUUGCGGCGAUAUUAACUGUCAGUAUACAGACCUUAUCCGGCUCCUUAAACGUGGCGGCUUCCCUCCUGAGGCGAACUACCUUUUCCUGGGCGACUACGUUGACCGAGGCCAGCAGUCACUGGAGACCAUUUGCCUGCUGCUAGCCUACAAGGUUAAGUACCCCGAAAACAUCUUCCUUCUUCGGGGCAACCACGAGUGCGCGUCCGUCAACCGCAUUCACGGGUUCUACGACGAAUGCAAGCGACGCUACAACAUCAAGCUGUGGAAGACGUUCACCGACUGUUUCAACUGUCUGCCCGUCGCCGCCAUAAUCAACGACAAAAUAUUCUGCUGCCAUGGCGGACUCUCGCCCAACCUCCAGUCGAUGGAACAGAUAAGGAGCAUCAGGAGACCAACAGACAUUCCAGAAACAGGCCUUUUGUGUGAUUUACUUUGGGCGGAUCCCGACAUAAACAUCCAGGGCUGGGACGAGAACAGCCGCGGUGUAUCGUUCACCUUUGGGGCAGAUGUUGUGUCCAGGUUUCUCACCAGACAUGACCUCGACCUAAUAUGCAGAGCUCACCAGGUUGUAGAAGAUGGCUACGAGUUCUUCGCCAAACGCCAGCUGGUGACCCUGUUCUCGGCUCCAAACUACUGCGGACAUUUCAACAACGCUGGUGCCAUGAUGUCCAUCGACUUUGCGCUAUGUUGCAGCUUCGAGAUACUGAAACCUUCCUGGCAGAGAGUGACCAGCAUGACGGUCUCUGCACCGAACAACAAGUGA